AUGGAAUUAGUUUACCAUGAACUCUCGGCAGGCAAAGAUACGAGCCUGUCACAGGUUUUAUCAGCAUGGAGUAGACGUUAUGAGGAGAAGUAUGCUGUCCUACAACAACGCUUUUCCGGACAUAUUAAAGGAGUUGAUUUCCGGAAUACAGAUACAUCUAGGCCUAAGUCAGCGGAUUUAACUCAGCCGUCGUAUAAUGACUUUUUAGAAGAAAUAGAGAGUGUAUUGCAACUGAAAGCUAACCUUUCAGUUGAACUCGAAGCUUUACAGCAGAUUCGAUCAGAGUUGGAAGAUUCAGAAUGUAUGUCUGAGGUCCAUUUUCGACUGGAACGAGCGACGGAUAAUAAUCGGCGCCUGCAUGCGGCUCUACAAGCAGCUGAUGAACAAAUUACAGAACUGGUUCUUAGUAAACGGUUACUAGAAGCUCAGAUGAAUGAGCUGCGUAAUAGUCGAGAUGCAGAACUGGCUGAAGCAAAAGAACGCGUUCGGGCAGCUGAGCGUGCUGUUGUUGCAGCGACACGAAGUGCCACUUCCAGGAAUUCAGUUAGUAACAACGAAUCAUCGUGUUCAAUCGAACGACAGAAUAAUACUACUAAUUUCAUCCAACAUUCUUUGCCUACAACUUACAAGAAACCCUUAAAGGUUCAUCCAAAAAGUUAUACCACACUGACUGGAUUUUCUUAUGAUGAUUUCGACUCAUUGGAAGAAGAAACUGAUGAUGAUGAUAAUAAUAAUAAUACUGAAAAGCCUUCCUGUGAACUAACUCCAACAGUUGAUUCAAAACAAAAUGAUCCGAAACCUUUAGAAGAGAAAGAAAAACCAGACUGCAAAACAAUCCAGCCGGUUAUCACUAGCUCCAAUAAUAAUGUAGAUAAUCGGCCUAAUCAUGAAUCUGUCAUGGAGUCGUCAACGGAAAACUUUAUUUCAUGUAAAGAUAUUGAAGCUAUAACACCUGCCUCAUCUUCGUUAGUCUGCCCGACGUCGUCAAGUACUCCGAGGAAAUCAUUGCCUAAUGAAACUGUAGUCACGCCUUUCAGUGGUGUCAAUAUAUCCGAUUUUACUAGUGAUAUUAUAGGAUGGAGUAAUGAUUCCAAACCUACACCAUAUACAAAACAACGCGAAGCAGAAGCAGAAGUUGUAUCCAAAGCCGAAUAUUUAAAAUUAUUGGAUGAGAUGGAAGAGCUUCGUCAAGAAGUUGAUUCACUCCGACAAAAUGCUCAAUUGCUUCAAAUGCAUAAUAAUAAUAUUUCCAAACCAGAAGUCAAUGAUAAAGAACAGUUAGUAAGUGAUAAAAGGCCUUAUAAUCCCGGUUUAACAGCACAAUUGUUAGAAUUGAAAAAUGAGGUAGCUUCAGUACCUGAUGAUAUUCGUCCAAAUCAACCCACUAAUAUAUUAUUACCAUGUAUUCCUGGGUCAACUCGAUUAUACGACUGGUCAUUAAAUAGGAGUGACUCACAGGCAGACACUCGGGAAGAUUUGAAUAAAUCCGGUGAAUCUGAAAGCAGUACCGACGAAUGCACACCCGUCAAAGCUUCUUUAUCUCUUUGUGAUCAUUGCGUACAAUUGCAAGCGAAGAUUCUCACAUAUGAAGCUGUAAAUGCAGCUCAGAAAGACUUUGCAAAAGAAAAGUCAAUACAGGAAGUAAUUUCAAGUUCAGAGGCUGGCAUACAAUGCAAUGAAACAUUACAAGCCGUUGAAGUCUCAACAGAGACUCACGAAUCACAAUAUAUGUGUAAUGAUGAUGUAUCUACACAAACAGAUUUAGAGAUAAAAAGUGCUACAUCGUCUGUAUGUUCACAAACUGAUCUUGAUAUGACUAAGAUUGAUGAUCAAUUGAAAAGUUUCACAAUAGGUCUAGAAUUUUAUCACAAAAUGAUUGUGUCUAUAAUUGAUGUCAGUGAGAAAUUGAAACAUGCAUUGAAUACACACAUUGUUGAACAGUAUUCACUGAUGAAUAGUGAUACAUCAUCGGUUAGUGUUGAUGAUGAUUAUUAUAAUAAUAAUAAACAAGUACUUGGAGGAGAGAAACGAAGUGAACUAAAUGUUGAAUUUCUCAGUGAUUUAAUGGAGGAAUGUAACCAGCUACUCUCUACCAAUGUUCUUCUAUCCGAUUCAACGUUUUCAGAAUAUUUACAAACAGAUUGCCAAUCGCUAACGUUUACAGUCAGUCAAUUAUUGCCUGAAAUUGAUAAUCUUCUAAAACUGUGCCAAUUCAACCGAAGGGAACAAGUGAUUUCAUCAAAGAAUGCCUCACCUCAGUCAAAACAAGUGCAUGACAACACCACCUUUUCAAAAGAUGGAAGUGAUGAUAUUGAAAACACUGAAUUAGUGCGUAGCCUGCGUGAACAAUUGUCAACUGCUCAUCAAAUGUUAACUGAAAAGCUACCUGUGGAUACAAAGAAUGCUCUUCUUGAAACAAGUCAGAUUGUCGAAACAGAACGUAUUCAACUGCAAGCUGAAAUGGAUCGUCGUAUGUUAGAGUUUGAGAGAAAUCAUAAUGCAUCAGUCAUUGAAUUGGAAGCGAAUCGACGUGAUUUAGUUAAACAACUUGAAGAGAUGGAAGUAUUUAAUCGUGAAUUAAAAAAUGAAAUCUUUUCAGUUCAACAAAAACUUCAAGCUAAAGAAAGAUUUUUGAAUGAACAAACAGAAGAAAGAGAACUAGAAAGAGAAGAAUUCCGUAUUGAAUUGAAUCGUCUUAAAAAUGAACUGGACGCAAAAAAAUCUCAGCUUAUGUCGUACAAAUUAAUGGAAGCAGAUAAUACUGAUUCGUGUACAACACAAUUAGGCAUGAAAGAGACAACCCAGACUAAUUGUAUUCCAAAUUGGAUAAACAACAUGAAACUAGAGAAUUUAGUUCAAAGUGAAUCGGCUAGACCAAGUAUUCAGUUGUUUGUAAACUCAAAGUCAUGGAAUACAACAACACCACAAUGGAAUAAAUCAUCACAUGAUGAUUCUGAUGAUGAAAUUUCAACUGGAAAUGUAAAUACCACUGCAUCAAAAGAUCAGUAUAGAUAUACAAGCUGUGAAAAUAAUUGGCAACCUUAUACUACUGCUACUACUACUAUUCCACCAAUGAUUAAUAAUAGUAGUAGUUUUCUUGAUUCACGAGAUAAUACACCAGAUAAUGAGAGUAUACGAAGUUAUUCAGAUGAUAUUCGCAAAAAACAAACAACAUUAAUCGAUGAUUCAAAUGCCUAUUCACAGUAUGAGUUGAACUUAUGCGAUGCUUCUACACAGGUAUCCUUGGAGGAUGAAGAAAUAGGAUUUAAAUAUCAGUAUGCAAAGCAAACUACAAAUUUCACUAAUCAAUCCUCUGUGGCGAUUCAAACAGAUAUAUGGUCUGCAGUCACUGUUGACGCAGCCAGUGAAACUUCUAAUUCAUGUGAAGAAUUGGAUCUCAUUCAGUCGGAUUCUGACAGUACGGCUACAAAUAACCGAUAUACCACUCGUAAUUCUAGCCAACCGACACGAACUACAACUACCACACGAGUUCGUACGUUUAAUACAACUGCAGCUGCUGCUCUUCUUAGCCAUGUUAUAGUUAGUGAAGAAGAAUCAGUGGUAACUGUUGUAGACGAACCAGAAUUGUCUGAACCUUCACCUGUCUUUGGUGAUCAGCAGAACUCCCUUCAAGAUCGAAUCGCAAAAUAUAAACUAGAAAUUGACAACUUGAGGAGACAACUUGAAGCGCAUAGAAAGUUACAACAGAAUGAAUUAUUAAGUAUUGAACAACCAAAACACGACCGUGAUACACAGACUCUUGUACUAUGUCGAGAUAACUGUAUGCAAACAGUAAAAUUAAAGGGUAUAUUCCCUAAGUACGAAAGUUUAUCACUUCAGAUAAAGCACCACCGAUCUUUGCCAACCUUGCAUUCACCAUCCUUUUCAUCCCGUGCUGAAGAUACCGGCGUAGAAAUGUCUCAGGGUCUUGUAGACUCAGCAAGUAUAGAAUCUGUUUCACUACCAACAAGAAAAUCUCCUAUUGUUGAGGACUUGAUUUCUUUAAAGAGUGAUCACUGUUCUUCACCUGAAGAUGAAAAUCUACAAACUGUAAUAGGUUCUCCAAUGUCUGAUAAGGACGAUGAUAUGGAAGUAGAAAUUCCGGAGAUAAUAUUUUCAUCAAAUCAGGAAUCAGUAAAUCCAUCUCCAAAUACUGUACAGGAUGUCAACCACGAUACUCUUGAUUCUGUAGCACCGGGAACACUAAAUCCAGGCAGUGGGAAUACCGAUGAUGCAGCAUCUAUGGUACCAAUCUCUGAAGUGUCGAAAUUAAUUGAACAACUGACAGAUUCAGAGAUACUUAUUAAAACAUUGCGUAAUGAAAUUGAUGAUCUUACUAAAUAUCAAGUUGAAUUACAACAUGAUUACAAUACUGUACAUGAGAUGCUAGUAGAGCGUCAAAAUGAUCUUACUCGAGUUACAGAACAACUACUUGAAUCAGAGGGUAAGCUUAAAAGUCUUAGUAGUCAACUUGUAGAACGUAAAGAUGUUCUUUCGGAACGUGAUGAAGAUCUUUUCCUUCUUAAUGAGGAUAAAAAAUCAUUAGAGUUGAAGGUUACAGAAUUACAAUCUGAGAUUGAAGAAUUAAGACGUUUGGUUAAAUGUUACAAUUCAGAAAAUCAUGUGUUAUCAGUAUCAGUACAAGCUGAUCUUCCUAAUUCUCGGGCCGUUAUGGAUGAUAAAAUGAUUCAAGUUAUGAUGAUGCCUUCUCUGAUUGAUUCACAAUACCGUUCCACCUCUGAUGAAAAUAAGAAUAUGCUUGAAGAUACCAACUAUGUUUUGAAAGAAUUGACCAUACAGCAACAACAGCAACAAGAGAACGGAAUUCCUCAGCUAUGGGCUUCGUCUACUCCAAAAGAAGAGGAGUCACCUAAUUCGUCAUAUACGUCAACGGAGAAUGAUACACCUACUAAAACUAUAUCGGCUGAAUUAAAUACACUAACCAAUCGAUUGAGAGAAGAAAGUCUUCGACUGGCAACAGCAACUGCAAUAGCAACUUCUCGACAGCCUGUCUGUGAGCGACCAUCGACUAUCUUAGUCAACAAACCAGUCAACCAAACAGAAGAAGCUAUAAAAGUUGAAGCCGACACAGUGUCUUCUCCUUGGAUGAAUGAAAUUCGUGGAACCUAUGCUGAUCUGAAAGAAGCAGUCAGUGAAGUCUCCAAGAUGGUAAAUGACAAUACAUGGAUCAAAAAAGAACCGUCAGAUUUUGAUGACGCUGAAGAAUCAAUGAGAAAUUUUGUCAAUCGACUACUCGUUUCUUUGAGCAAAGCGCUGGAUUCCGAUGAAAAACUAUGGCUUUCUGCACUGACAACAUCUGUUGAUCAAACCUAUGCAAUUAUUCAAAAUAAGAUUGGGGCACAUUCAAAUUUAGUGGAACCACUCACUGAAGGCAUUCUCUGUAGAAUUAUACAACAGUUAACAGAGAGGAUAUCUGCGUUUAUGCGACGUGAAGAUGAGUUUCGUAAAUGCCUUGUAGAAGUUCUUCAUGUGGAAGAAGCUUCCUUCAAAUCGGAAUUGAAGACACAUAUUAAUCGUUCUGAUACAUUGGUGGAAGAGAUCAAUCGAUUGACUCAACUUGUAAGUUCAAGAUCAGAAGAAUUGGAUCAUGCUAACAAUCGAACCAAUGAAUUGUGUAGUCAGUUAGGUGAUCUAAAAGUUGAACUAAUUCAUACACAGCAUGAAUUACAAUCAAAGUCUAGUGAAGUUGAUAAUCAUCUAACAAAUAUUGAACAUUUAAGAUCACAAUUAUCUGAAGAAUAUGCUAAAACAGGGAGACUGCGUACAGAACUUGAAAGCCUUCAAUCAGCUAAAGUUCAAGUUGAACAUGAAUUGUUAUCUUCGAAUAAUUUAGUUCAAGAAUUGAAAACUUCACUGUCAAAUGAAAAGAGUCGAGCUCAAACUUUGAAAGUUGAACUGGAUCAGUUAUAUGACCAAAUUAAGAAGAAUACCCACCGCAGCCCAAUAUCUCGUUCAGCUGAAUACAGCAUUAAUAACGCCAACAGUAAUCACAAUAGUGUUAAUGACAGCAUGAUGGCAAAUGAAAAUAGAGCGCCUACUGAUAAUUCUUCUUCUUCUGCUUCAAAUCUUAAUCGAAAUAUUUAUCAGGCUAUAAAUCUUGCCACUGUUCAUUUAGCAUCUACUCGACGUGAUACAAUUAAAUUACAAAAUCAAGUGAAAGAAUUACAGACAACUGCUCAAGCUUUACGCUUAAAUCUUGCUGAAGCAGAACUACGUCUUAUGCCCACGUUAACAUCUUUUGUACCCGAUGCUGCUUUGAAUCAUUCAUCAUCAAAUGGAAUUCGUGAUUCACAGUGUUGUAUUCCUAAUCAAAGUACUGAAAAGAAUAAGAAGAAGUCAUCUGUAAAUAAUACAAAUCAAUCAGAAUUACCAAGUGCAAGAUUUGCCAAGUUGAAAAAUGUGUGUACAGAUUUGUUGUCACGUGUAUCAAUGGAUGAACACGGUAUUCAUGAGAAUGGUGAUGAGAUUGAUGAUGAUGACGAUGAUGGUGAUGAUGACGAGCAUGAUCAAUAUGCAAAUUCAUCAGAUGAUGAUAGUAUUGAAGAAAAUAUAUUCCUUGGAACUGGAAUUCUAAAUCCUCUAAUAAGUAGAAAUCAUCGAAAUAACGUGGAACAUGAUAAAAGUUUCUCACAUAAUAAUAGUGGAGUAUCAAUAUCAUCUACUCGUGAUCAAACCCAGAAUUACACUAGUACAUUAGAUAAACCAAGAAACAAAAGAAUUAACAAAGUUAGUAAUUCGAAUUACUCUGCUUCCAAUAAUCACUGUCAAAAAAUUGUGGAUUCAUCCUCUUGUAUUCCAGGAUAUUCAAACAAGUUGAAUAGUCCUAUACAAACUCUACCUAUUAUGACUACUAGCAUACUAUCUUCUUCGGGUCAGUUAGCUACAGCAGAUCAAACGAUAUCUGUGGAACGAUAUCGUAGCCUUUACACUCGUUGCCUUCGUGCAGAAAGUUAUCGUCGGGCGCUAUCUUUCCAAAAACGAUAUCUACUUCUUCUUUUGGGUAAUUUUCAAUGCUCUGAGGAUGUUGUGAUUGCAAAUCUUGGUUGUCCAGAAUCUCGAAUCACUCCACAAGUGGAUUCUGAGGAUGGUUUCCCGUCGAAAUUUAAUUCAAGUCCACUGCAUAAAUUCCGUACAGUUGGUCGCGUUGUUCAAGUAAUUUAUCGAAUGAAACAUUUGGUAAAUAAAUGGCGACGUGUUGGUAUACUGAAUAUUCCUUCAAUGCAAUCUACACCUUUGAAUAACACAGAUUCGCAUAGGAAUAGUGUACGCUCCAACUCCUAUCAUAUCACACCAUUUCAGUCUAAUUCACUUAAUCUUCAAACAGAUCAUGCAACUCGAACUAAUCGACAUUCAAUUGGAUCUUCACGGACACCUUUAAGAGAAUUAUACACUGAAGAAUCGAAUAAUAUAUCUGUAUCCACUUAUAGAAAUUCUUCCAAUAUCAAUGGAAAUGCCUAUUUAUCAAAUAAUCCAGUCUACCCUCCUAGAACAUCCUUAUCAUCAGCAGCAGCGACAGCAGUACAUGGUGCUGGUCAAGCUUCUCCUAAUCUUCAAAGUCCAUUUUUUGAUAAUCAUGCUGUCUCUACCCUCGCCUCUCAUAGAUGGCGUCCUCAUUCAUCAUUCACUCAAUCUGCAUUAGCAGCAGCAGCAUCAACAACAUCGAUUACAACGACAAAUCCUAAAGCAAUUCCAAUCUCUAGACAAGUGCCUAUUACAUCUAUCCCAGUCUGUACAACAGAUGUUUACCAUAAUCGUCCUACAGUAAGAAAUCAUCAAUCUUCUUCAUCUUCCUCCUCGAAUUUAUCAAUUGAAAAUCGACGUCGUAUUUCUACAACAACUUCAUCGACAUUUUGUAGAGUUGAUUCAACUCAAACACAUACCGUUCGAACUAUUAGUCAUAGUCAUCAUAAUAAUAAAAAUCAAAUGAAUCCAAUUCAUAAACGUUCUAGUUAUAGUUGA